GAGGUUCAACGAGAAUUGCAUUAACGUUUUGCCCGGAAACCGUCAGCGGCUGGGGGAACACCGGCGAGUGCACGACGAUUAUCGAAUGCGGCAAUUCGACACUUUCUCGCGAAGCCCCUCUCCGUCGUCGGACUCCCUUUCCUCCGAGACUCGUACCUUGGCGACUCUGUGGGUCAAACGUCACAGGGCUGCUGCCCAUGAAGCAUCAUUCUGCAGCUCCUCAUCACGAAUAUGAGACCUUCGGUGAUCGCGGUGUGUCUGCUUCUGAUGGGUCCACUCCAUGUACAUGGAGCCCCCCUUGACGAGGGAAGUGGCCCUACCGUUGAUGCCCCAACUGGUGAGGCUCCAACUGACAUCCAAGCCAACGAAGCUAGCAAUCCAGCUGUUCCCGCUUCUCCCCCGGACACUGGAGGAACAGAAGCUCCGUUCGACCCAGUAGUCACCACGGAGCAACUCGAUUCAGAGGUGCCAGCGACACCGAAUGUGAUCGUUGUCACUCCGAAAGACCCUAGGAUACCGGUGGGUGGCUGCGGCAUCGACUGCGACGAGCGCUUCCCGGUACCGGUGUGCGGUUCAGAUGGGCAGGUGUACCACAGCGAGUGCGUCAUGCGGCAGAUCACGUGCGGGAAAAACGUCCAAGCGGUGGACUGGGAACAGUGUCGCGGCAAACACCCUCUCUGUCCGGACAAGUGCCUCGAUUUGUACGACCCGGUCUGCGGACAAGACGGAAAAUUCUACCCUAAUAUUUGCAUCAUGCAGAGGCGGAAUUGUGGAAAGCAUCUGGGUACUCAAGAGCUCAGCGUUUGUCUCACCAAGGCCAGAGAGUCACGUCGCAUCGAUGCCUGUCCUAAUGAAUGUCCAGAAAUCUACGAUCCAGUAUGUGCGUCCAAUGGUGAAGUGUAUCCUAACGAGUGCACGCUCAAACAAGAAACAUGCGGCCAAAAUGUACUGCAAGUGCCCCUGAAUCAAUGCGUGCAGAAAACAAAAUGUCCUAAGCAAUGUCUACCUAUUCUGGACCCCGUCUGCGGCUCUGAUGGAAAGCGUUACCUCAACCACUGUCGUCUGUUGGAAUCCACCUGUGGGAAGAAUGUUGCUCUGAUGCCAAAGGAAUUUUGUGCGUGAUGCUUGUUAUCUUCAUGUUUCAUUAAAACAGUCAACAAGACAA